GACUAUCGAUGCAAUAGUCUAUUCCUGAUCGUUUUAGUACGAACGUCGGAAAGCGCAGGUUCGGUCGACAUCUUGGCAGGGUUUCAACGGGUUUGAAAGUAAGCAUGACACCUGAUACGAGGUACCUCUGGUUGAGCGUGUUGAUUGCGCUGGUGUUAAUUUUGUCACCGAGCAACGGUUCCGAAGUGCCUUCCGAUAAAGAUAAUAACAGUUAUGACCCACGGAUUGUGGGUGGAUUCCAAGCAAGCGCGAACUCUACUAGACAUCAGGUUUCCAUCCGGCGUAAAACCACCGACCUGGCCUCGUUCGGUAGCGGACACUUCUGCGGGGGUAGUCUUAUCAACAAUCGUACCGUGUUGACAGCCGCUCACUGUUUGGUGGAUGACAAUCACCGCAAACGAGCUGCCAGCUACUUUCGCGUAGUAGGCGGUAGUACAACCCGGAUGCAAGCUACAACCCAAACGGAAAUAAGAGACGUUUCCCGGGUCACAAUCCACGCGAAAUACAAUCCCAGCACGUUCGAGAACGAUAUUGGAAUACUGAUACUUAGUGAAAUAAUUCCUACUUCACAUCCAAGUUUGCGACCGAUUGAGCAAGUAACUACUGCGCCUUCGGCUGGCGCCGUUUGUCAAACCAGCGGCUGGGGGACCCGACAAUACGGCGUUAUUGAGGCCACUCCCUACCUGAUGGCAGUCAACAUUACGGUUCAGCAGAUCACGCAGUGUAAUGCCUCAACCAGCUAUCAAGGAAUUCUAAGUAAGGGUAUGCUUUGCGCGGGCCAGUUUGAAGGUGGACGGGACGCCUGCCAGGGAGAUUCCGGUGGUCCAUUGGUUUGCAAUGGACUGCUGGCUGGUGUCGUUUCGUUUGGGAACGAAUGUGCUAAGCCGGGUUACCCCGGUAUCUACGCAGAUGUGGCGUACUAUCGGGAAUGGAUACGGGAAAACGGUGCCAGUAGGAGUGGAAUUGCCAAAGGCGCCUUUGCCCUGUUCGUGUACGCUAUCGCAUCGUUCGUCGGCGUUUAUCGAUAGAUCAACAGAUUCAGACUGACAGUCCCAGUGAGAGCCAAUCGAUUCCGUUUCCAUUAGUGCUAAUACAAUUAUUUAUUGAUCGAUUUAUUGAAUAAACGAGAAU